GCGGGGCUGCCCCGGCCGCGCUGGCCGGCCCGGGGGGCGGGUGCCCCUGGCUGAGGUGCCGCUGGUUCGGGGGGUGCUGCGAGCUCGGGUGGGUGCGCUCUCCUCGCCCGGCAGCUGGGCUGGGCACCGUGUGGCUCUCCAGCCCUGGGUGCCCAGCUGUGUGCUCGCCGUGCCCCGCCGGCUCCAUCCCGCAGCGCCCAUGCUGCCCAGGGAGCACUUUGGGCACCUCGGCAGCACGGAGCAGCUGUGCGGCACAGCGGGAACCGCCCUUCUGCCCCGCAUAUUGCAUCCCUUGGGAUUGUGGGCAUAUUGCAUCCCUUGGGAUUGUGGUCUCUUAAGCCGUGUCUGUGCAGGCAGUGGUAACCUGGGUGGCCACCCCUCAGGCAGGUAGCUGGUUGUAGGGGAGCAGCUUGCCCUUUAGAAACAAUGUGGGUGUCCCAGAGUGGUCUAGUGCAGGGAGCCUGGAGUGGUAGCACCGGUGAAGGGUGGCACAGGUGGUACAAGUGGUACACAGAUAGCGGAAACUCCAGGCUGCAGCCUGUGCCUUUCCCACAUCCUCUUCUAAGGCCAUCCGCUCUGUUUGAGCCAGCCUGAGAAGAGAAACUUUAGAGAGUUCCCUGUUUGUUUUCAUUCCAGCAAAUGCAAGUCCCUCUUGCGUAGCUCUCAACCUGACAGUUGCCUUGUACUUUAACAGAGAUGAACUGGAGGUGCCUCCUCCAGUGGCCUUGCUAGGGGAUGGAGGCUUGGGUCACCCUCAGCACAGUCUGAGAGGCAGCUGCUGCUGCUUUUGCUGACCCUAAUUGGUGCCUCAGCUGAUCUUGUCCUUGAUGCGAUUUGGCCUCUGGGUUCAAACACCUCUGCUGCUGUUCCUGGUGUUUGAAGAACUCCCCCCACCUCUGUCUUUUCACCUCUCGUUCUCCUUGCCGUAGUACCUAGGAAGCCUUUAGUUGUGUCAUAAGCAUUAACAUCUGUUUUGAGGUUUGUCAUGAUUCCAUAACCUUCAGUUUCUUCUGAAAAGGCUGUCUUUGCCAUUGCCUCUGCCAUCCUUUCCUUUGCUUCCAUCGUGAUUCUAUCUUCCUCUGUUUGAAAGAGUUCAUAGAUACAGAAUUUGCAGUUUUGCAGAUGCUUUGCCAAAUACAGCCUCUGUGCCGUGCUGCAAGACGUCACCAUCAGCCCCCUCAUCUUGACUCACUCUGGCUGUGAGUCGUGCUGGGCAGUGUCUAAAUGCGUCCUGCUUGUGCGAGAGGCCCUCCGUAGCGCCGGUAAUGCCCACGUCUCUGAGCUGGCCGCUGCUGUUCUGUUCGUGAAAUCCUCUGCUCUGCCAAGGCCAAAGGUUUCGGUUCUCUCUCCAGCUGCUUGCUUAGAAUUAGCAGUGACAUUAAAAACUAGUACAAGCGUACAAGAGUUUUUAAGAACUAUUAAAAUGGCAAUAGGAUGGGAGGAACUGAGCAGUAGGGCAGAGGAAAAAAGUGAUGCUCAAAGCUUUGCAGGGCACCACCUCUGCUAGCUGUCAUGGGAGGUGUGGCUGCGUGGCAUCUCAGGGUUCGGAGUGCAGGUGAGGUGUCCCUGCAGUGGAUGACUGUUCAGGCAGACUUUGUGACAGUGGUGAUAUGAGCUCGCGUGGGACAGCCUGAGUUGUGCUUACCUUAGCACUUCGCUACCUUAACUGGUAAUUUCCCUUCAUCCUCCAGCAAAAGUAUAUUUCUAAUCGCAUUCUAAGGGUUGCUCGACCCCACUCCUGAGUGACACAGCUUUUACUUUGUCUUAUUUUUAGAACCUUUCUGUUAGGAAAUAAAAUUGCUUCCUUUGCAGGAGCACCUAGGAAUUCUGAAAGGAAGAGGUCCAGGUAUCAGGAGAGUCCCUUCUGGGGCUUUAGGUUCUUCGGAGAUAACAGGCAGUGCAGAACAGGAGGGAUGGAGGGUUAAGAGCACAGCUUCCAAGUUAAACUCGAAUAAUUUCCAGAUUUCUGGACUCCUUGCCCAGCAAUCAAUGCAUCAUAAUGGGCUUCUGUCCAAAAGUUAUCUUGAAGAAUAUUGUUCAGGGUGCAAAGUCAAGUGCUGCAGUGUUAAGGAAUGUCCUUGUACCCCAGUUCAACUUGUUUUAGAUGUGCUCAAAGUGUAAUGACUAAUUUUGUAAUUGUAUACUACUUACCCCCAGGAGCCCAGCCAUGGGUACUGCACAGCAGAAGUGGUGCUGCUCUUGAGGUUUUUUCUGUUCCUUUUUCUAAGUUGUAUUGUUUUAGUCUGUCUACAAAAAAUGGCAAGAGAGACAACCGUGUACCUUGGGGUGAGAGAAGACAGGACUCAGUAACAGGGUCUGUAAGGUGUGUGCAGCCACUCCGUACAGAAUUUGGGGAAACCCUUGUCACCUAAGCUGGUGUUCUGGUCUUUGCGUGCUUAGGUCCCCAGUGCCACAGAUUAAAUAUCCAUCACAGUCGUCUUGCUCACAUGUUGUGGCAAGGUGCUCUGCUUUGCAUUAAAAAUUGAUGCUGUGUUCUAGUUUCCAGAUGACUUUCAUUUGCUUGCCUUCUGGUCCAGCACAAGCCCCUCUUUCUUCUUCCCCACACCACACUUAUCCCCCACAAACACCACCAGCCUGCCUUCAGCCACGUCCUGAAAUGGAGCCAGUGAGAACACUGUGACAGCCAGAGCCCAGCUGGAGAGAAGCAGCGGUUUCAGUGACUUGUGUGGUACGUGGCAGAGCUCCCAUGGCAAAUACCCCAAACCACCACAUGUGUGGUGGGAGGCCAGAGCUUGCUUAAGCAGCCUUUGCCCUUGGUAGUCCUGGUUCUGUAAUGCUUGGUGAACCCAAAUGAAUUCAUUUCAAUGAUGUUUGGUAUAUCAGGUAACAGACAAAGCAAAAGAGGCUAUUUGUUUUUGAAGUGAGGAGAUUCCUCUUCCUCCUGGGAGCCAUAUGGGGUUAGGAGGUGGAGUGCAGAAGAGAUCUCUUGUUUCCCACUGUGUGAAGCUCAGCAGGGGGACUCUUUGGGAUCUGCUGAGACAAGCAGCAUGUCCUAACAAGAAGCUGCAGCAAUCAGCAUUUCCCUGGUGGGAGAAGGCUCCUCUCCCCAACACCAUUAGUUGGGGUUUUGUCCUGCUUGUUGUGUCGUCUGUUGUUGGGAUUCAUAGGGUCAGCUCUGCAGUUUGCCAGAGCUGCAGUCCCUGCAUUGGCAACAUCUCCAGCUGGGGCCCAGGCAGCUUGGCUCAACAGGAUAUUGUUUAUUCCUCCCAGGAAUAUGCAAGACCUCGGGGAGCUUUACAGAGCAACAUGUUCUGCUCUGAGCAGGGAGAGUCACUGUAUGUGGCGACAGCUCUGAAGGCCAGCAAGAGCUGUCAGGGCAUGCUGGUGUGCAGGUAAUGUCCUACCCUAGAAGUAGGACUGUGCAGGCUGUGCAGAUGCAGUGGGGUAUGGAGAAGGGAAGGAGGGCUGUCCAGAUUUGGAGAACAUGAGGAGGAACAGAGGAAAAAGGUAGAAAUGCCUCAGCAUGUAGUUAGUAAGCUUCUGUUCUUGACACAAUGGUGUGUGAAGCCAAGUGUAACUCCUGUUUCCCUCCCACUGUGUGCUGUGUAUUGAUCCUGAAGAGUGCAGUGAGAGCUGCAGCAUAUCUCUUGCCAAAGCCAGAUCCAGCAGCCUGAGGGUGCACUGAACAGGGCUCAGGGGCGUCUCUGUCUCUGGGAGUGGAUUGUGUUUCCAGUGAACAGACAUUGAGCUAUAAUGAGUGGAAAGAGGCAUGAAAAGAUGCAGGGGGGUUUUCAUUUUUAAAAAAUAUCACUGGCAGUAUUUGUUUAAUAUUUUUAAUAUUAAUUUCUCUAAUAAUUCUGUGACAAGCUUGUUUUUUGUACAUUUCUGUGAGUCUGACCCAUUCCUGGUCUACUGCUCAUGCAGGAUGUAAGAUUUUUAAAGAGAUUGAGACAUCUGCAGAAGAAUCCACUUGUCCCUCUUGUGCAAAUCCAGUGUGCCUGUGGAAGCCCUCACGGCACAUUUUGGUCUGUUGGUGAAACGUUAGUUUUUCAGUUAUGGUGCUGUCAUACUGACCAUAGUCAGUGCUGCUUCUUCAGUGAGAAACUGAACUGUUUUACUGAGAGGGGAAACAAGUGGUAAUAGCACCUGCUAAGUUUGGUUGCCUUGCUUCUAAUUUGUGGCAUCCAUCCGUUACUGUUUUUUAUCUCAUGAUCUGAGCAGCCCUUUGGGAAUACCAGUGGAUUAGCUGUCUUCAAACCCUUUGGGUCUCUCCUUUUUCUGGGGCUGUUAGUACUUUUUGUAAUCAGCCUAAAAUGCUCUCUUCACAUUGCUGCCUUAUCUCUUAAGUGGUUGAAAUCCUUGCUUCAGCAUCUAAGUGAUCUGGUACUUUGACAAGUGCCUGACCAUUAUUUGUGAUGCUGGUGAGUCUGUUGUUUGAGAUUUCUUACCCUGCACAAUCUCAGCUGCAAAAGAGAGGAGGGACACAAGAAGCUGUCAGUCUGUGUGCAAAUGGCUUUUCUUGGCUGUGGUGACUUGAUCCAAUCUGUGCCUAAGGUCUCAAAACAGUAUUGUAACAGAGUUAAUAGCCGUCAUUUCGUUCUAGCCCCUCCUUUCAUCAGCCCAUGCUGGACCAGACACGCUCCAGAGAUAAUGGCAAAAUGGGAUAGGCAGUCUUCCAUGGAGGUAAUGUUACUGUGUGCUGAGCAUGCAGGCAGGCAGGCUGGUGGGGGUGAUUAAUGCUCUGGGAAUCUGCUCUCUGCCUUGCUGCACAAUGCUUUUGUGUCAGGCCCAGAGCUUAGCACCAGGCAGGCUGCAGUCGAGUGCCAGGAACACGUUACCUGGUUUGUGCAGGAUCAGGCAGCAAGACAGAGCCCGUGUGUUCUCAGCAGGGUGAGUUUGCUGCUGCGCCACAACUUCAUACUUUCACAGUGAGGCUCUCUUUGGAUGCGGGUCUGCUGCUGGGUGGGGGCAGGAGUCCUGCGACUCGAAGUCCUGACCUCCUCCAGCGUGAAAUCCCUGAGCUUGCUCAGUUGUGGCGGAGCCCUCCCUCCUUCCCUCUGGCAGGCAGGGAUCACCCAUCCUUAAGGUGAGAGGGGAUGGUGCUUGGCCAGCUGUCAGGAACCGUGACUCACGGGGGAUCACAGACGGAGCCCUGCUCUCCCUGCAAUCUGCUCUUCCUUCUGGAGCCUCUUCGUGAGCUGUUGCUGAAUGUUUGUUUUCACCACAUCUAGGGUGGAUCUGGGAGAAGCUCGGGCCCGCUAUUUAGCCUGAAGAGUUGGACUCAUAGGUUUCUGCUAUCCUGAACUGCAGCUCUUUGUGCUCCUGAUUCACUCCAGUCCAUUCAUCUCUUUUUGGUGGCAGAGUGCUGUCGGCUGCUGGAUAUUGGGCUCUUUGUUUGUACAGCCAGCACAAAGCUGGUGACAAAGGGACAGCCUGUGUCCCAAGGAGCCCACGUGCUUGUGGGGAAGGCAGUGGAGAGUAAUAGGAGCAACGGAUGGGAUGGCAGAGGAGGUGAGUCGGACUGGAUAAACAGAGUGGUCCCGUCAGCAGAAAGCCUUUCCCUGGCUGGAUCCCCCACUGGCACUCUCACUGGAAGUUGGCUGCACCUCAUCAGCAGAGAUGUUUUCUCUUCUCUGUGUUAGCUUCCCCUCUUCCUGACUCUCCAGGGCUCAGCCUUAGGCACUGAUCCACCUUCAGACCCUGUGCAAUGGAGGCUGGCUCCGUGGUACGGGCAGUCUUUGAUUUCUGUCCCAGUGUCUCUGAAGAGCUGCCCCUCUUCGUGGGAGAUGUCAUCGAGGUGUUGGCUGUGGUGGACGAGUUCUGGCUCCUUGGCAAGAAGGAAGGUGUCACAGGGCAGUUUCCUAGCAGCUUUGUUGAACCUGUGGAUAUUCCUCCUUUGAAGCAGGGAGAAAAACUGCUUGUUUGUACCAAUGACUUCACAUCUCAAGAGCCAGGGAGCUUAUCAUUGCAGAGAGGAGACCUGGUGAUCCUGGGGGGGUCCCUGGCCUCCAGCUGGCUCCAGGGCCGGAGCAGCUGGGGUUCCAAGGGCUUUUUCCCCUCAUCAUGUGUGCGGGAGCUGUGCCUUUCAGUUCGGAGACGUCAGCUGUCCCAGAGCACUCUCCUGGAGGUGCCUGCCUACUCACUGGGCCAAGCCCGGGCCCUGAUGGACCUGUCUGCUCAGCUAGAGGAGGAACUGGACUUCAGGGAAGGGGAUGUAAUCAACAUUGUUGGUGUCCCAGAGCCUGGCUGGUUUGAAGGUGAGCUCAGAGGCUGCAGAGGCAUUUUUCCAGAGGGUUUUGUGGAACUGCUUACUCCUCUGCGAGCACCAGGAACCUCAGUGGAUCCAGAGCCCACUGGGACUUGUGACACCAAUGGGACAGUGGAGAUGCCUCCCAAGGAGGACGAGGAGCCAGGGAACACUUACGGUGUUGCCCUCUAUGAGUUCCAAGCCAUGGAGUCCAAGGAACUGGAUUUUGAUGUGGGUGACAGGAUUCGGAUUGUUGGCGUUCUGGAGGAUGGCUGGCUGGAGGGGGAGCUGAGAGGAAAACGUGGCAUCUUUCCACACAGAUUUGUGAGGCUGGAAGCCUCUGAGGCUUGCAGGGUAAAGGUGUGUGCUGGGGAUCUGCAAGGUGGAGACAGCUGUGGAUUGUCCAUCCAUCAAGACCCAGAAAACACCGGCUCUGAAGCUCUUCCUUUGCUAGGGAAAGAUGGCAGGGAAAAGGAAGAGGACUUGGCUGCACACCCUGAGCCUGCCACCAUUUUGUCUCACAAGGUGGGGAGGUCAGAGGGUCCUCUUGCAACUGACUUGAGACAGCAUCAGGCCUUUCCCAGCACAGGACACCAAGGGCUACAUCCCAAAGGCCCAGUGGACUCCCUCCCCUCUGCCUGCAUGAAGACCGUCAAUGGCCUUCCCCUCUCUGCUCAGCUGCCUCCUCCACAGGGCAACAGGCCUGGCCAAGCAGGUGAGUUGGAGCCCGGGGGGACCAUUUCAGCCUCCCCAGGAAAACCAGAAUGUCACGCUCUGCCCGAGCACGAUGGAGACAGUCCCACUGUGCCCUUGCAGGCCUCCCACGUCCCCCAAGAUCCUUACAGGAGCCAGGCAAUUUCAUCUUCUAACAGCUGGGCAGCAUCCCAGCCCCAGGAGAUCCAGAGCAGCACCCAGGAUCUAGACAAUUGGAUGGACAGUCAACAGGAGAAGUCCAAGCCCUGUUCCUCCAGCUCAGGAGCUGCCCAGGUGGGCCUGGACACAUGGGCUGGGAGCUGGGGGGAGUGCUGCCCACUUGCAGUGCAGGGGGACAGCUGCACAGACCUUGACUCCAAACUGACGGAGCAGCUGGCACAGUUUGAGAAGAGUCUGUCAAGUACCAGUGCUGAGCAGAACAAAGUCUCCCGUCAUUUCUCUAUCUUGGACUACAGCUCUGAGAAGGACAUUGUCCGUGGGUCUCCUGUGUCUGUCCCCCACUCCAGGCAGACAGAGAGGAGGAGGGCCCUGAGGCCACCCCCUCCUCGGCCCAGCCUUGCGACAACCCCUGUGCACACGCUGGGUGGCCAAACAUCCAAAGGCAGGUCUCUGUCCUUCUCGGUCAAGCCCUCCCGGCCUGCACCCCGGCCUCCAUCAGGCAACCAGCAGAAAAAUGUGGCCCCUGCACAGCUUCAGCCCAGCACCCCAGAGCAGCGGGUGGAGGAAGGACGUGAGGACUUGACUCAGGCAGGAUCAGCUUCCCCCUGCUCCAUUCUGCUGACUAGGAUUGGAGAGGUAGAGCGAGACUUGGAAGCUUAUGGCAAGACCCGUGCUGAGCUAAGCCUGAUGCUGGAGGAGCAGCAGGAUGAGCUGGUGAGAGCAGAGACCAUGGAAAACCUUGAAUUCUGUGACUCCAACAUUGAGAGCCUCAGCAUGGAGCUGCAGGAGCUGAGAGAGAUGACUCUCCUGUCCUCCCAGACACCAUCCCUGGAGACAUCCUGGGCUGCCACUGAGAGCGCAGAGCAAAGGAUGCUGGAGAAGAGGUCCAAGGUUAUCGAGGAACUGCUCCAGACAGAGCGGGACUAUAUCAGAGACCUGGAGAUGUGUGUGGAGAGAAUCAUGGUGCCCCUGCAGCAGGCACAGAUGCAGAACAUAGACUUUGAGGCCCUUUUUGGAAACAUCCACAUGGUGAUUAGCUUCUCCAAGCAGCUGCUGUCCACCUUGGAGGCUUCAGAUGCCAUUGGGCCAGUGUUCCUGGCACAGCGUGCAGAGCUGGAGAGUGUCUACAGGGUAUAUUGCCAGAACCAUGAUGAGGCCAUCGCACUGCUGGAAACCUAUGAGAAGGAUGAGAAGAUGCAGAAACUACUCCUGGACCUAUUGGAUAGCCUCAGGAGCCUGUACAGUGAGUGGGGCUGCACAAACUACAUUAACUUGGGCUCCUUCCUCAUCAAGCCAGUGCAGAGGGUGAUGCGGUACCCACUGCUGCUGAUGGAGCUGCUGAGUGCCACUCCCGAGGCUCAUCCUGAUAAGGCACCACUCACAGCUGCUGUCCUUGCAGUCAAAGAAAUCAAUGUCAACAUCAAUGAAUACAAGCGCCGGAAGGACCUGGUGCUAAAGUACAGGAAGGGGGAUGAGGAUAGCCUCAUGGAGAAGAUCUCCAAGCUCAACUUCCACUCUAUCAUCAAGAAAUCCAACCGUGUGAGCAGCCACCUCAAGCAUCUCACAGGCUUUGCACCCCAGCUGAAGGAUGAAGCCUUUGAAGAAAUGGAGAAAAAUUUCCGGAUGCAGGAGCGGCUGAUCAAGUCCUUCAUCCGGGACCUUUCCCUCUACCUGCAGCAUGUUCGGGAGUCUGCUUGUAUGAAGGCACUGGCAGCAGGGAGCAUGUGGGACUUGUGCACAGAGAAGGCGAGUGGGGACUUGGACCAGUUCCAGAAAGUGAAUCGUCUCAUCAGCGACCAACUCUUCUCCAACUUUAAAGAGCGGACGGAGCGGCUGGUGAGCUCACCCCUGAACCAGCUGCUGAGCAUGUUUGCAGGGCCCCACAAGCUGGUGCAGAAACGGUUCGACAAGCUCCUUGACUUCCACAACUGCACGGAGAGAGCAGAGAAGCUGAAGGACAAGCGAACCCUGGAGGAGCUGCAGUCAGCCCGCAACAACUACGAGGCCCUCAAUGCCCAGCUGCUGGAUGAGCUGCCCAAGUUCCUGCGCUUUGCCAAGGAGCUGUUUGCCAGCUGCGUGCGGGGCUACGCCGAGGCACACUGCGACUUCGUGCGCCUGGCCCUGGAGGAGCUGAGACCACUGCUGUCGUUGCUAAAGGUGUCUGGCAGGGAGGGGAACCUCAUUGCCGUCUUCCAGGAUGAGCACAGUCGAGUCCUCCAGCAGCUCCAGGCCUUCACCUUCUUCCCAGAGUCCCAGGCAGCUCCCAAGAAGACUUUUGAAAGGAAGAGCAUGGAGCGGCAGUCCGCCCGGCGGCAGCCCCUUGGCAGCUUGCCGACCUACUUCCUGCAGUCGGAUGACGUCCGAGCUGCCCUCCUGGCCCGCUAUCCCCCAGAGAGUCUCUUCCAGGCAGAGCGCAAUUUCAAUGCUGCCCAGGACCUGGAUGUCUCACUGCUGGAAGGAGACAUUGUGGGCGUCAUCAAGAAGAAGGACCCUAUGGGCAGCCAGAAUCGCUGGCUCAUAGAUAAUGGAGUGACGAAAGGGUUUGUGUACAGCUCCUUUCUGAAGCCCUACAACCCACGCCGCAGUCAGUCAGAUGUCUCUGUCGGCAGCCACUCUUCCAACGAGUCGGAGCACAGCAACUCCUCUCCCCACAGCAACGCCACACUGACCUUCAGCUCCAGCGGGGUGGCCGUCACCUUCACUCAGAAACCCCUGCAGGACUCUGCCUCCCCAGCAGACACAUACCGGUCUGGGCAGCCCCCCUUGGAGAUGGACUCCCCCUCUCUGCCCCAGCUUGGGUGUGGUGACAGGACAGCCCCACUGGAGGCUGGUACGGUGAUGUCUCAGUGCCGCUACAGCCGCCCCGAGCUGGGCUGCAGCCCCAGCUCUCGCAACGGGCACCUCACCAAAGCGCGUCUCAGGCCCACGCCCUCAGUGGAGGAUAGAGACUCUGGAUUGGAGAGCAGCGAGUCAGAGGGCAACCAGGUCUAUUACGCUCUCUACACCUUCAAAGGCCGAAACACUAAUGAGCUGAGUGUGUCAGCUAACCAGAGACUCAAGAUCCUGCAGUUUGAGGACAUCACAGGCAAUCAGGAGUGGUGGCUGGCCGAGGCACACGGGAAGCAGGGCUAUGUGCCCUCGAGUUACAUCCGGAAGACAGAGUACACGUGAGGCAGCAGGCAGGAGCCUGCACCCCAUGCCUUGUUCCUGCCAGGACUGCUGGGGGUCUUGGGGAGGCUGGCCAGCCCUGCAGCCCCCACUGCUUGCCCCAAGACUGUCCCUCUCACAGCUGUGCAGUGCUAUUGGGCCCCAACACACUGGCUGCCACCUCCCCAUCAAGGGAGGAAGAAUGGUGAGCUGGCCAGGUAGGCAGGACAGGUAGCUUAUGUGAGGGCAGGGGUGAGUUCACCUGUGCUGUUUGAGCCUCCUGUGUGCAGCCAGGGGCAGGGGAGCAAGGCUUGGGGCUGUGGUCUGCCCAGGAGGGUAAGGCUCGACUAAAGCUGAGGAGCUGCUGUGGGUUUAAAUUGUGGAAGACUAAUGCCAAGUUUCUGGAGACUGUUUAGUCAAGUAGUAUUAAAAGCAGCCCAGACUUCGCCAACGUACUCUCUGUGCCUUCUCAGCAGCAGCAGCGGGAGCUGGGUUUUGUCUGUCUGUGCAGGACUCAGGGUGGGACAUCUACACCUGCCUGGGGAAGCAGCUCUGAGGUUUGCUGGGAGUAGCUGAGCUCCAGGGCUGGGAUGGGCCUGGCCUCUGAAAUUCCCACAACAAAGCCCUCAGCAGGUGCCUUAUCCCUGUGCCUGGCCUUCCAGGGGCUCAGCCUCUCCAAGCUCUGCUGCUACCAGCAGCCAUCAGGUUCUUAUCUCAGGUGAGCCAGAAGUCCAGAACACCAUCUUGCCUUGUCAGUGCAUUUCCCAUGCCCAAGACCCAUCUUUGCUCUGACAAGCCCACCUAGCAGCUCUGGGCUGGGGCAGGGCAGAAGGCAAAGCACAAAUUGUCCUCCAGUUUGAUUUUUUGGGGGCUCUGACCAGAAUUGCCUCACCUGUGCCUUCUUUCAGGGCACUGGAGACAGUGCUGAUGUUCUGGAAGGGCAGGACCAUCCCUGGGAGGGAUGUGUUGCCUUCUGGUGGGUUGGUGUGUGAUACCUGCUGCUGCCAUGCCCAGAAGGGAAGAAGCUCUCUUCAUGGGGCAAUGUUUGUAUCCCCUGUACUGCUGCUCUGUAAAUAAAGAUUUACCCUUGUG